AUGGACUCAGCUGUUUCACAAAAUGCAGCGGAGAAUAUGAAUGCUACAACGAAAAAGAUGCUAAUUGAAAAAAAGAAAAGUGCCAUAAUGAACUGUCUUCUCUCUAUACAAGAAAGCGCAUGGGGAGAUAAUGUGUUUUUGGAGAGCGUGCGCGAGUGGCUCUGUCUUGCCGAGUCACUGGAUGCAAACUCUGAUGAAAAUAGGAGCGAAUGCGAGGUGCUUUGUGUGUGGAAGUAUUUGGUAGAGAUGCUCAAGUCAAUUACCUUGUACAGCCCAGAAGAGCUGGCAAAAGCAGGCAAAAACAUAAAAGAAAUCAUAAAAGCCAUGAAUAGUAUCCCAACACACGCAGCAGGAGUGUUUUAUUUGAGCAGCAUAAUACAAGUCAACAAGGAAUCUCCCUUCAGAGGAGAAUUCAACCAUCUUAUAUCAGAGCACAUGAAACUGUACAGGACUUUAUUAGUUGCAUAG